AUGGGCUCCAAGUUCCAAGGGGACAUCUUUGGAGGAGUUGAAGGAGGACGGGCAUUAGAGCAGAAAGGAGAUGAUGCAAAUGGAGCUGGAGAGAGAGGAGGAGAAGGGAAGGAUGGUGGAGUCGGAGUCGGAGCUGGGGAUGGGGGCGAGGGAGAUGGCGACGGCGGCAGGAGAAAUGGCGAUGGGGAUGCGGGGGAAGGGAAUGGAGGUGGCGGUGGAGUAAAUCCGGGUGGUGGUGAUGGAGGAAUCGACGGCGGUGACAAUGGAGGGGCCGGGAAAGGGAUCGAUGGUGACCUUGGAGUACAUCCAGGUGGUGACGGCUUGAGAGGCGGCAGUGGCGGGCUUGGCGGUAAUGGCGAUGGGCAUGCGGGGGAAGGGAAUGGAGGUGGCAGUGGAGUAAAUCCGGGUGGUGGUGAUGAAGAAAUCGACGGCGGUGACAAUGGAGGGGCCGGGAAAGGGAUCGAUGGUGACCUUGGAGUACAUCCAAGUGGUGACGGCUUGAGAGGCGGCAGUGGCGGGCUUGGCGGUAAUGGCGAUGGGGAUGCGGGGGAAGGGAAUGGAGGUGGCGGUGGAGUAAAUCCGGUGGUGGUGAUGAAGGAAUCGAUGGCGGUGACAAUGGAGGGGGCGGAAAGGGAUCGAUGGUGA